AGAGAGAUUGAUUGAUAAUGAUAUCAGAACGUUAUGGUUUGGUAUUUCCGAAGAGUUAUAAUCUUUGGUAAAUCUCAGUUUUAUGGUAGAAAACUCAAUGUCAGAUUUGUAGGAGCUGAUAAGUUGAUAAUGGGCCAACCUGAUCCUUGUAACUGAGAAAUGAAAAUGUAACCAUGACUAGGCCUAACCUAUACUCCUAGCACAGAACAAGUACCACUAAACAGCUCAUCAUUACUCAACUACAGCAACAAGCUACAUCAUAAUGUCCAGUAACAGAGACAAGCAGACGAGCUUUAGAUAUGGGAUUAGUCGAGCUGAAUUGUUAAAAAUUCAGAAAGAAAUAGAUGACAUGAAGAAGCAAUCAACAGAAAGAUUGAGGAACCAACGUCAAGAAGAAAAGGCUGUAUACUUGAAGGAGCAGGAUUACAAAAUUGGCUUCAAGAUACAUAACGUUGAGAUGGAUGCUGACUUUGGGAAAAAGGAGAUGCCAUUCACUCGCAGAACCGAACCAACCUUUCAUCAGGAUUUGCUUGAAAAUAUUGAUUCACAGAAGAAACAGGUAUUUCAGAGUGUUCCAGCAUAUAACCCUUUAAAUAAGGAGGCCAUAAUCAGAUCACCAGGACCUACUAACAAGAGACCGUACAACAAAGAACAGACUGUAACGACCUCUGAGAUGGCCAAGCCCCAUGUACAGUCUAUUGGUGUUGUGCCUGCAAGGAGCACACAGUGUAUUGGGUCACUAAAUGUCAUCAUGCAAGGCAUACCACUACGAGGAGAGGAGCUUACCAUUGAUGCAGUUCAAAAGGCGAAUGAAAGAAGUGUUGAAGAAACAAGACCACAUACAGCAGAUACAGUCCCAGAGCCGCCAAGGAACCCCAAGGUUACAGGACCAUCCAAAGAAGCUCAGCCUCUUGGCCCUGACUUAGCCCCACACCAGAAACCAGCAAUUGUGGGCUCUGUCGGGACUACAAUGAAGCUCACACUGUCUGAGAGGUCUAAGCCAACAUCUACUUUACCAACAGCACCUGUCAAUAAACGCAAAAGUGGAGAAAGCAAGAACAGUUAUCAUCGCAGGUCUCGUAUUACCAAGAGUUCCAAAACAUAUCCAUCUUCGGCUAGCGUCAAUCUGGAUGACUACGAUCUCGAGAGUGAGUUCAUGUAUGAUUCUGAUGACUCAGACUUUGACGUCAGUCGUGGAGGAAGACAUCACAGAGAACUCAUAUCCAGUGAACGCAAGAACACAGCAAGAGCAAGAUCAACUGUCUCUGUUGGCUCUCAUAAAUCAGUCAGUGAACUGCUUGCUGAGGCUGAAGAGAUCGCCAGUCCGGAUAGUAUCCCUCUAUACAAGAAAGCACAGAGGAAGGCAGACAAGGACAGAAGAAUCUCUAAGCACAGGAAAGCGACGGAGAAAGAAGAAGAGGAAAAAGCUCCAGUGGAGAGAACAGUGGAUGACAUCAUUGCUUCCUUAAAAGCUGCAAGAGAGGGUGGAAGGCCAAAGAAAUCUGAAGCUGACCUCAAGAUUCAACAGAUUAUGAAGCGUGUGAUGACCCGCUCAAAGGAUGUCUUAGGAGAGGAGGUCGAUACAAGACCUGACGAGGAAGAACAUGAUAGCCAUGGAGAAGAAGAACAAGAAGAAACAGGUGUGAAUACUGGUGAUGCUAUGAAUGUGGAUAAUAUUAUUCCAGAGAUACAGGUGACAGAGCAACACUCAAUGUCAGUUGAGUUGCUGGGUCUUGGCCAAGAAUCCUAUGAACAGCUUCCUUCACUUCUGCCCUCUAGAGCUGAGAGUGCUUUAAGUAUAACACCAAGACUAACUGAAGAAAAUAUACCUGCUGGAAUGAUAGAAGACACAAAAGAUGACAAUGGGAAACUGGAGAAACAGCAACCUCUGCAUCAGAAACCAUCAGUUGUGUUUAAAGAAGAUGCCAUCAGAAAAGAGGAGGAUGAGGAUGAGGAGGAGAGACCAAUAAAUGUGGAGGAUGCAUUAGCUUUGUUAGACCUUCCAACUGAUGUCGCAUUUGAAGAUAUAAUACACGUCAAAGGAGAAUCACAAUCGCUAAUUGAAAGGCAGGAUAUUUCAAGCAUUUCAAAGACUGACCUUCGACCAACAGUUCAGAAUUCAUCGAUGUCCUUCCUGUCAGCAUGGGCCCCACAAGAAACUCCCAAGUAUCCAGCACAUAACCAGAGCAUGAGCAGAAUGGAUUCCUGUAAGCCACCUCGCCAAAGCAUCCAUCAUUUCUGUACCAAUUUACCGUUACUUCAUUUACCUGGUCACCUCCAAGGGGUGUCGAGGAUGUACCACACACCCAGUAAAUAUGGAAUUACAUCAAAAUGGGCUGAACAAACACCUGAAUAUGAGUUUAGUGAAUCAAGAAAUUUAUCUCGAAUGUCGAUGAGAAGUGAAGGGAAGGAGGGAGUUGAAGAACAAGAAUGGAGGAUGCAACAGGAGAAUUUGCGUGAAGAAGUUAUGUCAGCGGCUGCAAGACGCAUCCUAGAUGAAGCAGAAAAUGAGCAAACCGACACAGCGGAGGAUGCUUACCAUACAUGGGAGCGUCGAGCUCAUGACUUGUUUGAUGAGGAAGAAUUGAUGGUGGAUGGGAAAAAGAUGGAGCUUCUGCAGGAUGCCUCGAGGUAA